AUGUUUCUUUCGGGUUUGAUUCGGCUUGCCGCUCAGGUAGAAAAGAACCGUGCAUGCGUCAAGCUGUGCAAGGAAUUGGAGCCAUCCCAAUGCAUCUUCCCUGACAUACUGAAGCUUGUGGAGACCCCGGGGGAUUCAGACAAUUGGACACCGUCCAAACUGAAGUUGGUGAAAGAAGCGUAUUGUGCCCAACACAACAAAAUGUGCAAAAUUGAAACGUCGAAGGAUGAUUGUGGCCUACUCGGGGCCCCGUGCAUCCUUUUCAGCAAGUAUGGCAAGCGGGAAGGAUUCCAGAACUUGGAGGGGAAGAAACUUCAUGAUGUAUCUACCCGUUUUCAGCAGCGAUCUGGAGUGUCGCUGCACGAGAAUGUUCCAGACUUCGAUGAGUCCUACCUGACAAAGAACUUGAAGUCGCACUCCAUCCAGAGGACCCUGUUGGAUCCGCGACAGUUCGGGCACCCCAAUAGGAGGUUGAGAAGCUGGCGCAUUUGCUUGCACAACAAGCUCAAAGUUUGGAAAUGUGAUCUCAGCCUAUCUGAACUGGCAGAUGUUUUGCUAGCACCACUUGAUGUGAAAUUGGCGUUGGAUCAUUCGUGCUAUCUAACAGCUUCAAGGGCAGAUUUGAUGACGCAUUCUGUGUUCUCUGACAAGGACCUCCAGGGGUCUCAGCAGAAGCACUUGGCUCUCUUUCAGGCGAAGCUCCCUGACAAGCAGCUGUACGAUUUGUCGGCCAAUCCCAACAAAAGGCGCAGGGUGGAGACAAAGGAGUCAGCCCUUCCUUGCCUCACUACAAGCUCCACUCUGUGGUCAGAGAAAGCUGGACGGCUCAUGCUGGGAAAGGAACAAUUGCAUAGUCUUGGAUAUCCGUCGACCAACAUAGGAGCUCAGGCCGCCCGAGUUGAUCCUGUCAACCUGGACAACUUUACUGAAGCUUCUUUGCGCCGCAUGAGUGGCAACGGUAUGUCUCUGCCGUGUGCAGGAUUUGUCUUGCUCAUGGCCGUCUUGUUUGUUGAGGAUAAAUGA